AUGGGUGUUGAAGAUCAAGUGCAUGUUCUAGUGGUUACAAUGGCAUGGCAAGGUCAUAUAAACCCCAUGCUCAAGCUUGCGAAACGCCUUGUAUCAAAGGGUGUUCAUGUUACUAUAGCCACUACUGAGGGUACUCGUUACCUCGCUACGCAAAAACCCAACACCCCUACCUCCUUUGCCACCGCCGAAAACACCACGGUCAGAACCCCACAAAUCAGUCUGGAGUUCUUCUCUGAUGGCCUUGACCUGGAAUUUGAUCGCUUGAAAUAUUUCGACUGCUAUAUUGAAUCCCUGGAGACAAUAGGAUACAAAAAUCUCUCCAAUCUAAUACAAGAUUUCACAAACGAUGGCAAGAAAUUUUCUUGCAUUAUUAGCAACCCGUUUAUGCCAUGGGUGCCAAAAAUUGCUACCAAAUGUGGCAUUCCUUGCGCAGUACUUUGGAUCCAAGCCUGCACUGUCUACUCUAUUUACUGCCAUUACUUUAAGAAUCCUAACUCAUUUCCACCUCUGAUAGACCCACAUGAGUAUAUAGAAUUGCCUGGGAUGCCAAAAUUACAGGUAAAGGACCUUCCCUCUUUUAUCCUCCCUUCAUGUUCUCACCCAAUCCAAAAACUAGUUUCUAGUUUCAUUCAAAACUUGGAUGAGAUAAAAUGGGUUCUGGCAAAUUCUUUUGACGAACUUGAGGAGGAAGUUAUUAAGUCCAUGGCUUCACUCCAUCCAAUUUGUCCAAUCGGUCCCUUGGUUUCAUCAUCUCUAUUAGGACAAGAAGAGAGCAUUAAUGGCAGUGUUGAUAUGUGGAUUCCUGAAGAUUCUUGCAUUGAUUGGUUGGACAAAAAACCACCUUCUUCAGUUGUUUACAUUUCUUUUGGUAGUGUAGCGUCAUUUUCGCAAAAACAAAUUGACAACAUAGCCAUGGCAUUGAAGAACAGCAAUCGACCAUUUCUGUGGGUGAUUAAACCUCCUCAAAAAUGCUUAGAAAACACAGGUGGUGAAUUGUCAUAUGAUUUUCAAAAGGAGACCGAGGGAAGAGGUUUAGUAGUGGCAUGGUGCCCUCAAGAGAAGGUGCUCAUGCACCAAGCUGUGGCUUGCUUUAUCACUCAUUGUGGGUGGAACUCAACGCUAGAGACAAUGGUGGCAGGGGUUCCUGUAAUUGCUUACCCUGACUGGACAGAUCAACCAACAGUUGCAAAACUUGUAACUAGCAUGUUUAAUGUGGGCGUCAGGUUGGAAGUUGAGAACGGAGUUGCAAGCUCAGAAGAGAUAGAAAGGUGCAUUAUGGAGGUCACUAAUGGACCGGAAGCAGCUAAGAUACAGAGAAGGGCUUUGGAGUUGAAGGAGGCUGCGAAGAAAGCAGUUGCAGAUGGUGGCUCUUCUGAUGCAAAUAUAGAUCAAUUUAUUAGGGAGUUCACUGAAAAGUUAUAA